GCAAUGGAACGAGUAUGGCUACUGUUCCUGCUGACCAUAAAGUUGCUCUCAGCGACUGCACAAUUCAAUGGGUACAACUGUGAUGCCAACCUCCACAGUAGGUUCCCUGCGGAAAGAGAUAUCAGUGUCUAUUGUGGAGUCCAGGCAAUUACAAUGAAGAUUAAUUUUUGCACUGUGCUUUUUUCUGGUUAUUCUGAAACGGAUUUGGCAUUAAAUGGGAAACAUGGAGAUUCCCACUGUAGGGGCUUUAUAAACAACAACACAUUUCCGGCCGUGGUCAUAUUCAUAAUAAAUCUCAGCACUUUGGAGGCCUGUGGAAACUCUUUAAUGGUAACUUCGGUUCCAGGAGUGAAUGCAUAUGGCAAUGUAUCAUCAGUCCAGAUAGGGAAUGUAUCAGGCUAUAUAGAUACUCCAGAUCCACCAACAAUCAUCAGCUAUUUACCAGGACUUCUGUAUAAAUUUAGUUGCAGCUAUCCUCUGGAAUACCUAGUCAACAAUACCCAACUGGCUUCGUCUUCAGCUGCUAUAUCUGUAAGAGAGAACAAUGGUACAUUUAUUAGCACUCUGAAUUUGCUCCUUUACAAUGACACCACCUACAGCCAGCAGCUGAUUAUACCUAGUACAGGGUUACCUUUGAAAACAAAAGUGUUUGCAGCAGUGAGAGCGACAAACCUUGAUGGAAGAUGGAAUGUUUUGAUGGACUACUGCUAUACAACUCCUUCUGGAAAUCCAAAUGACGAUCUGCGAUAUGAUCUCUUCUUUAGUUGUGACAAGGACCCUCAGACAACUAUAAUUGAAAAUGGCAAGAGUCAAAUGGGCCGGUUUUCCUUCGAGGUGUUCCGCUUCGUAAAGCACAAGAACCAGAAAAUGUCCACAGUUUUUCUUCACUGUGUGACAAAACUGUGCAGAGCUGAUGACUGUCCCUUUCUUGCUCCUAUCUGCAACAACAGAAAAAGAAGAGAUGUGGCAAAAGGAACCACCUGGAGUCCUCAGAGCACUUCUGGCACUGCUGUCAUCUCUGCUGGACCCAUCAUUACUAGGACAGAUGAGACCCCAACCAACAAUUCACAACUUGGUAGUCCAAAUGGAUCCACUUUCCAACUCAAUUCAGUCACCAAUGCAUUGAUUUCAGGCGUAGUAAUUCUAGGAAUUACAAGCACCAUUUUCCUCAUUUUCUCUGUCCUCCUGCUCCACAGAAAGUGGCCCAGCAGUCGUCCAGUUUUGAGUGGUGUCCAAAACCCAGUUUUUAACUAGGAGGAA